GAGGAGGACCCAUAGAAGGUCCCAUAGAAGGAGGACCCAUAGAAGGUCCAAUAGAAGGAGGACCCAUAGAAGGUCCUAUAGAAGGAGGACCCAUAGAAGGUCCAAUAGAAGGAGGACCCAUAGAAGGUCCAAUAGAAGGAGGACCCAUAGAAGGUCCAAUAGAAGGAGGACCCAUAGAAGAAGGACGACCCAUAGAGGGAGGUCCCAUAGAAGAAGGACCCAAAGAAGGGGGACCCAUAGAUGGAGGACCCAUAGAAGGGGGACCCAUAGAUGGAGGACCCAUAGAAGGAGGACCCAUAGAAGGAGGACCCAUAGAAGGAGGACCCAUAGAAGGAGGACCCAUAGAAGAAGGACCCAAAGAAGGAGGACCCAUAGAAGGAGGACCCAUAGAAGGAGGACCCAUAGAAGAAGGACCCAAUGAAGGAGGACCCAUAGAAGAAGGACCCAAAGAAGGAAGACCCAUAGAAGGAGGACCCAUAGAAGGAGGACCCAAAGCAGAACCCAUAGAAGGAGGACCCAUAGAAGGAGGACCCAUAGAAGGAGGACCCAUAGAAGGAGGACCCAAAGAAGGAGGACCCAAAGAAGGUGGACCCAUAGAAGGAGGACCCAAAGCAGAACCCAUAGAAGGAGGACCCAAAGAAGGAGGACCCAAAGAAGGUGGACCCAUAGAAGGAGGACCCAUAGAAGGAGGACCCAUAGAAGGAGGACCCAUAGAAGGAGGUCCCAUACACACAUCAUCUAUAUAA